AUGGCCGUAGCAGGCAUAAAGACCGUGAUUCUUCUGUCCUUCGUACUCGCGGUGGGCUUCCUGCUGAUCAUUCUAUCCUGUGCUCUCUGGGCAAAUUGGCUUCCUCUUCUUGUCGCCUUGACCUUCGUCCUUGCGCCACUGCCGAAUGCAUUGUUUGCGAGCUGUGGUGGUGACGACUUUUCCGCUGAAUAUGAUGGCCAUGGUCGAGCAGACACUGGGCGAUUUAUGACAUCAACCGUAGUCGUCACAGGAUUUGCCUUCCCCCUUGUCCUAGCGCAUUCGGAGAUUAUUCGCCCAGGAGCAUGCGCGAUGUCGAUUGUCGGUGGAGCUCUUGUGUAUGGUACGAUACUGGCUUACUCUGCAGCGUUUAAAGAGGAGGACUCCGACUUCGAUUGA